UCUCACGACCACUGUCGCAGAAAAAAAAAGAAAAGAAAAAAAAUAUUCCAACGGGGUGGGGAUUUUUGCUUGGCCUGCACUUGGUUUUUGUGCGGGCCUGUCGGGUUGUGUGUAGUUUGUCAUUCCUCCACUUCGUUUUGUUGUGGACGCCAUGGGCCGAUGACACUGCCCCCUUCCGUUUUCAUGUUUCCUACGUCUUCACGCUUUUUUUGGUUUUUGGCGGCUCCAUUAGUUUUGGUGGAGACCGUUUUUGGUUGUUUUAUUCACUGUCUCCGAUCAGCGAGAUGCGUUUGAGAUUGCCGUUUUAGGCUGAAACACGAGAGUAUUUUGCUUCUUUUCUGGUAGCUUACUGAGGUGUUCGUUGCAUGUGCAUUUUACCCUUUCUUCAUCAUUAUUUGAUGUGGCAGUUGACUUUGCAUUUUAUUUUUAUUUGGGCUAGACCCAUUAUCUUGAACAUCAUUUCGGAGGAAACGGUUUUUGUUCCUCCGUGUGGAAGCCGCUUUUUUUGGCAUUGUGGUACUUAAGUGCGGUGCCAGUACUAUAUCUGCUCAAAGUUGCAUCGCCCCGUUGUGACUAACCAUUUUGUAGCGCACUCUAGAAGUACACGUGCUCUCGAGUGUUAACCAUAUCCCUUUUGUUUCUUUGUGUAUAUGCUGUGCCUUAGCAUUAACAUUAAUGGAGGAAUUUGGUGGUUAAGUGUCACUACUCUCCCCCAGAGUUUCCCACAUGUCUUUGGCCUAGCUUGCACUUGCUCACUCUGGGGAGAAUGCUCCAGGUUCACCUGGGACAACCACUCGAAUUCAGUUAAUAAGUGUAUCUCAAGUUAUGCUGGCAGGUUUCUUCUCUUUAUAUGGAAGGAAAAAAUGUCACUGCAUAUGUGGCAUUCCAAAGGUAUUAUAUUUUUUAUGCCCUCUGCAUGCAGCAGAUUUUACAGUGGCAUUCUUAUUAUUGUUUUGUGCAAUCCAAGCGAGGAUCAGUAUUUGUGCACACCCGCGUUUUCUUUCGUUGCCUCACGGGAAAGUGCAAAGGAUGGAGACAAAGAAAAAGAAGAGAUUGUAAAAGGUUCACAUCAAAGCGUCACACUACUUAACACUGUUUCUCAUCAAAUGUGCAUCAGAUUACCUUAGUGCGAGACACUUGCAUAUGCAGGGAUGCAAUAAUGUGCUGCUUUGCUUUUUAACCCUCGUUAGUUAUGCAGUUUGGCAUAACUGUGCUUAAAGACCGACACACGACUUCCAUUUUCUGCUGGGAGGGUAACCUUCUUUGUAUGCUCCUCUCCUAAGGUGGGUAGAAGAUGAAGGGAAAGAAGGAAGGAAGCAAGCAAAAAAUGCAAAGCAUGUGUCAGUCUUUAAGGUGCAUCUGUAAUGAGUUGCUAAACUAAUUCUUUCACAAAGCUGAUACUAUAGUACUUUUUUUUUUCUCUAAUUUGAGGGAGAUUUAUGUUUUAUUCGCCCUGCACUGUAUUCACGACAGGCAGCUUUCGCACAUCAAGGCAGUCCCAUAGCCACUGCGUGUAUUGUAGCUGCGUGUGAUAUUUUUGGCCAUAUCUCGCCCCCCGAUUGGCUCCCAUAACUUGCCAGUGUAUACCAUGUUUUUAUAAGGCAAAUGUACUUAUUUUGAGUUUUGGAUAUGUGCAUCUCGUUCCUUGGAGGAUGCACGUUCUUAGCUCUUGCGGGCAAUGUUAAUGUGGCCUGUAGUUAGUUAAUACUCAAACUAACAAGGCUUUAUCAGCAAGGAUUUAUCUGUCUAGUAGUUGCAGAAUGCUGCAACACAUUGAAAUUGGAAGCAAUGUUUCACAACAAAGCUCUAACUUGGGAACUUGUGGGAAGAGAAAAGAAAAUAAAGGUUUGACCCUUUUUUUAUUUCUGUCUGGAAACAGCUUGA